CAGAGGGCUUCACGGGAUACACAUACAACGUUUGAGGCGGAACAAGCUGACAACGCGUCCUGUCUGGCUGUCAAACCAGUCCGCGAAUGUGUUUGAGGAGUGCGCUUGCUCUCUAAAUUAGUUAAGCUACAUAACUCGCUUUGGAGCGGGACUGGCGCCUCCGUUCAGUCUAAAUGCGUUUACAAACAUGUUGGACUAGCGUUUGCCGUAGUUCGAGCCCGUGCCCCUAAAGCCGUGCCAAUGCAGAGGAAUGGAUACUAGUGUCUCUGGCAAAGUUGGAAACAUGGUUGCGAGUGAUGAAGAGCAUUUGGACGCGAGCGAUGGCAGGAACGCGGGGAUGGACGCGCUUCACCAGUGCGAACUCAUCCAGAACCUUAUCGAGAUCUCCAUCUCUAGUCUAAAGGGGCUUCGGACCAAGUGCGCCGCAUCUAACGACCUGACCCAGCACGAGAUACGAGCUUUGGAGGUCAAGCUGGUGAAGUACAUCAGUAAACAGUUGGAGUGGAAGCAGAGCGUUCCAGAGAGCGAAAGACCGCUGGCGCUGGACUCUUACCCACAACUCACAGACUGGCUGUACACCAUCAACCUCAGGCCAGAGCUCAUAGAGGCGGUGCCUGAGAAGCUGUCUCUGGAUGCUCUGCUGCAGAUGUCCAGUGUGCAGGUGGAAGACACCAUGAAAAGACUGGGCUCUAGCAGUGAGGAGUGUUCCCGCAUCACCGCUGCCCUCUCCUGUCUGAAGAGCGCUACUGACACAGGUGGAGCACUUAAGAAAGAGGGCAUCCCGUGGAUAGCAGAGCCCACUCACCGUGACAGUACCUCUGUUGACCCUCUGUCUUGUUCUAUGCGUGCACAUCAGUCUUACAGUCCCAGCCCAACCGGCUGGCCCCCUCCUUCUGCCCUGCCUGCCCUUCGUUCAUGCGUCUCUGUUUCUGCUCUACCCUCAACGGACUUCCCUACGAUCGUCCACCCUCACUGUGACGGGCUGGCGGACCCUUUUUCAUCCUUCGCGCAGCUGAACCGCUGCAACCCUGGGCUGCUGUCCACCCCUCCAGCCACACCGCCAUCCAAAAGGUAUGGCAAACUAAAGCCCCCACGAACUCCACCACCUCCAUCCCGUAAGCUGCUCAACCUCCUGCCCAGCAUCACCCUCACACGCAGCAAGAGCCAGAGCCAACUGGCCAACCGCAUCGAUGACCCUACGCCCAACAAGAGCGGGAAGAAAAACAAGCCUCUUCUGAACGUGCAGGUAAAUGGUGGAGGAAACGGCUGGGAAGACUCGCCCUCACGGUCACCACUGCUGUCCGCUCGUUCCCCCUGCAUCCUACCAAACACCCCCAGUCAUCUGGGAGAUCCCGCCGGAGCAAGAAAUAAUGUUGCAUCCCACGGAAGCUCUCCGCUGAUCAUGAGGAAGGAUAUUGGUCUGGAUGUCACACACAGAUUUUCCACCAAGUCCUGGUUGUCUCAGACGUGUCAGGUGUGCAAGAAGAACAUGAUGUUUGGUGUUAAAUGCAAACAUUGCAAGGUGAAGUGCCACAAUAAAUGUACCAAAGAGGCCCCUAAGUGCAGGAUUUCAUUUGCACAAUUUCCAAACAAGAUAAGAAGAACAGAGUCUGUACCGUCAGGUAUCAAUAACCAGGUGGAACGACCAGCAGAGUCUCAGCAGUAUGGAACAUUACCCAAGGCAAUAAACAAAAAGGACCACCCUCCAUCACUGAGUCACCUGGACUCCAGUAGUAACCCCUCCUCCACCACUUCCUCCACCCCCUCCUCACCUGCCCCCUUCGGUCAGAGCAACCCCCCAAGCGCCACCCCACCACCCAACCCCUCCCCUAAGGGUCACGUUGACAGUCGGUUUCACUUCCCAGCUGCCUGCUACUUUCAGCAUAGACAACAAUUUGUCUUCCCUGACGUAACCAGUUCCACGCAUUCAGAUGGAGGUUGCAACACCGGAGAAACGGAUCAGUUGGACGGUAACUUAAACAAGUCGUCAACAGGCCAAAGGGAAGCUGUGGAUGAGGAGCAGCAAGGGGACGACGGUCCGGAUCAGGAAGGUUCGGACGAUGAAAGUGAAGGCGAUGAAGUGGAUGACCUGCCCAACUGCAGGGGCUACUGGAAGGACCACAUAAGUCGUAAGGCCAGCCAGACCAGCGUUUACCUGCAGGAGUGGGAUGUGCCUUUCGAGCAGCUGGAGCUCGGAGAGCUGAUCGGUAAAGGCCGCUGGGGGAAGGUUUGCAGAGGCCGCUGGCACGGAGAGGUGGCCGUUCACUUGCUAGAGAUUGAUGGUAACAACCAGGAGCACCUGAAGCUGUUCAAGAAGGAGGUGAUGAACUACCGGCAAACGCGACACGAGAACGUGGUGCUGUUUAUGGGGGCCUGCAUGAACCCUCCCCAUCUGGCCAUCAUCACCAGCUUUUGUAAAGGACGGACGCUCUACUCGGUUGUCAGGGACUCUAAACUUGACAUCAACAAAAUAAGACAAAUCGCUCAGGAAAUCGUAAAGGGAAUGGGUUACCUCCAUGCAAAGGGAAUUGUGCACAAAGAUUUAAAGUCUAAGAAUGUUUUUUACGAUUCAAACAAAGUGGUCAUCACCGAUUUCGGUCUGUUUGGUAUGUCUGGAGUGGUCCAGGAGGACAGGCGGGAAAAUGAACUGAAGCUUCCACAAGGGUGGAUCUAUUACCUGGCUCCAGAGAUUGUGCAAAAGAUGGGGCCAGGAAACCAAGACUGUUUGCCCUUUUCAAAAGCUGCUGAUGUUUACGCAUUUGGCACUAUCUGGUAUGAACUCCAGGCCAAAGAAUGGCCCAUCGUUAACCAGCCCACUGAAGUUUUGAUCUAUCAGCUGGGAAGUGGAAAAGGCAUCCGAAUGUUACUGACCCAAAAGGGUACAAGCUUGGGCAAGGAGGUUACGGAGAUCCUGUCAGCCUGCUGGUCCUUUAAGGUUGUGGACAGACCCACAUUCACUCAGCUGUCCGACUUGCUAGAGAAGCUCCCGAAGCUCAAUCGCAGACUCUCGCACCCUGGACACUUCUGGAAGUCUGAGGACGCGUGGCACCAUCACUGCCUGCGCGAGCACUGCAGUCCGGGCCUUCGCUCUCGCUGUCCUUACGUCUACAAAUGCAGCGAUCUGUCCACAGCUGCUGUCAGCAUGGCUGCUGCGUUCAAAGAAAACAACUGAGCAAACGAGCGCCUUGCAUGGUUUAGAACAUUCAUCUUCGCGAUGCUUCUUCCUGUAGUAAUCCCAUCUUUGGUUUUGCCCGUUCUGACGCUGAGAAAGGCCAUUUCUGCUAAACUGUGUAAACGGAAAAUAGGAUUCCAGCUGAUUUAUUGAGCUAGCAGAGUUCGCCGCGUUUUUCUGUAUCAAGUUACUCAUGUGCCGUCAGAUGAAUGGAAUGUGAUUUCCAUUGCUCUUUCGAUAGGACAGACCACAAACUUCUUCUGUACUCCUAAAAAAAGUGACUUUUUAUAUUUAGCGUAUUUGUUUCAAAUUAAGAUUUAAAUAAUAUUUUACUGGAUCUGACAUGCUGAGCCCUUCCAGGAUGGAUAAAGAGCAUCAAAAAUAAGGAUCUCGAAGAGGUAUUUGUGAUAUCACACGGAAUGCAAAAUAUUUCCACCCAGCGGAAUGAUGUUCAGGAACUUUUUAAUAUCUGAUACCUCUUGUUUUUAAUUUGUGCGUGUGUGAGAGAAAGUGUGCAUGCAAGAGUUUUGAGUGAUUCAUUUGUGGUGUUAUGAACAAUGAGAGGAUGUUGGAGAUUACAGUGACUGUUCCCAUUACAACUUAAAGGAAUUCGAAUAGAGAACUAUUGUUUUAUUUAUUGUACAGCUAAGAUUUCUUAUAUUAUUUGUACAAAAUUUUAUAUGUUUCCAUUGAAAAGUUUUGAAAUGGUACUUUACUCCUGUUGUACAGCUCUUUAUAUACAAAGUGUGUCAAACACAAAUUGUACAUUUUUAGAAAGAGAUUGCGGUUUUAAUGUUAUGUAAUUAUGAAUUCAUAUUUUUGUAAAGCUUGUAGUCACUUGUCUGUAAACACAGUGUAAUUUUAUCCUCGGUAGAAAUAAAUAAAUGAAACGUU